AGGUAGAUGUGGCCAAUAAGAAAUAAAGAACGUGGAAAUAAAAAACCAGAUACGGAAUAAGUAGCUAUAAAUAUUUCGUGAUUUAUAAAGGUUUGUUACUGCGAAGUAAUCACUGGAACUGAAUCAUUGAAAAUGCAUACUUCGAUAUUCUGCUUAAUUAUUGUUGCCACUUUGACGUCUCAAGGAUGUUUGGGUCAAAAUCAGCAGGAAUUUGAAGUUUACGGACAACCGUUACUUAUAAAUUUACUUGAAAAUUUUCGUGACAAAGCUAAUUUCUUGAGAGAUGAAACGAUAACUAAUGUAUCUUCAAUAUCAAAAGAUAUUGUUCAUCAAGUGUAUGAUAAACUGAGACAAGUCCAUGGUCAAAUGAAAGGCCUGUCCCGAAAGGCAAUUGCUUUAGUUCAAACUAAUGCAGACAAAAUAAAAGAAUCGACGGAAUCGAAAUUACAAGAAGCAAAAAGAGCUAAAGAAGUUGAAUUUGGAAAUCUCAUGGAUUCUCUAAAAGACAAAUCUGUAAGAGAAUUGAACGAAGUGGUCCAAACAUCGUAUGAUAAACUCGACAAUAAAACGACGAAUCUAAUGAGUUUAUUAGAUCGAAAAAGUAAUAACAUUAAUCAAAAAUUAAGACAAGCAAUAAAGGAUACGUAUAGAGUAGAGUCUGACAACAAGUGGAAUGCAAUAACGUCGUCUUUUAUGGAAGAAAUAAAAUCGAAAGUUGAUCAAGAAGUCAAGUUACAAGUAAGAAGUUUCUACAAUCAACAAUUUGCAGUUGAACUGCCUAAUUACAGACAACAGUUGUGGGAUGUGGCAGCAAAUAAUUUUCGUAAUUUCGAUGAUCAGCUAAAAAAAAAAUUUGAAGCAAAAAUACAAGAAGCCACCGCGGAAAUAGACCACAAAUUGAAUGAAUAUUCCAAUAAAAUACAAGGUUUAAGAAUUAAUCUUGAUCAUUUGAUUGCUGAUGUGACUAAUAUUAACCCUAGGUUGCAAUCAAAAAAUAAUAAUGAUGAUCAUAAACAGAUGAUUCCCGAUAAUUCUCAUAUUAAUCCUGAUCUUAUAAAUAAUUCUCGUGAAAAUACCAACAGAGACAUCGGACAUGGAACUUCUGAACAACCUGACGUUAAUCCUGAUUUUGUAAAUAAUCCUUAUGAAAAUUCUAAUAGAGACAUCCGACAUGGAACUUUUAGACGACCUGACGUUAAUCCUGAUUUUGUAAAUAAUUCUCAUGAAAAUACUAAUAGAGACAUCGGACAUGGAACUUCUGAACAACCUGACGUUAAUCCUGAUUUUGUAAAUAAUCCUUACGAAAAUUCUAAUAGAGACAUCGGACUUGGAACUUUUAGACGACCUGACGUUAAUCCUGAUUUUGUAAAUAAUUCUCAUGAAAAUACUAAUAGAGACAUCGGACAUGGAACUUCUGAACAACCUGACGUUAAUCCUGAUUUUGUAAAUAAUCCUUACGAAAAUUCUAAUAGAGACAUCGGACUUGGAACUUUUAGACGACCUGACGUUAAUCCUGAUUUUGUAAAUAAUUCUCAUGAAAAUACUAAUAGAGACAUCGGACAUGGAACUUCUGAACAACCUGACGUUAAUCCUGAUUUUGUAAAUAAUCCUUACGAAAAUUCUAAUAGAGACAUCGGACUUGGAACUUUUAGACGACCUGACGUUAAUCCUGAUUUUGUAAAUAAUCCUUAUGAAAAUACCAAUAGAGACAUCGGACAUGGAACUUCUGAACAACCUGACGUUAAUCCUGAUUUUGUAAAUAAUCCUUAUGAAAAUUCUAAUAGAGACAUCGGAUAUGGAAUUCCUGAACAACCUGCCGUUAAUCUUGAUUUUGUAAAUAAUCUGCCCCAUGUCAAUAAUGAUGGUGGUUUGAAGGAUAAUGAAAAUGACUUAAGUUCAGAAGAUUUGGAUAAAAUUUUUGAUGAAUACCGCUUGCCAGAUGUAAAGGUUUGAAAAUUUCUGAGUACCCAGAUAAAUGAACAUGAAUAUGACAUUUAGAUUUUUUUAUUAACAAGCGAUUGAUAUUUUUUUUCUUUCAUUUUUAUUUGCUGAUUUUUUUUUUUUUAACGAGUUGAAUGUUUGCAUCAAAAGUAAAUAAAAAAAAAAUUUAUAUUAAUCAAGUAUGUUAAUAAAACUUUAUUCAAUGAUA